ACACAUUUCUGUGAAAUUUUGGAUGAAUUUCGUAAUACAGAACUGAAUUGAAAUUGAUUUUCAAAUGCGAGGAAACAAGUUUAAAUUUUCUGUCUGAAAUAGGAUGUCGCAGAGAUAACAAAUAAUGCAUUUAGCAUGUAUUUUUCCCAUUGAGAGUCCUUAUUUCCAAAAACAUAUCGAGCUAAUUGACUUAAAAUGUAAUGUUUUUAUGGCAAAAAAAUGCCUACUUUUUUCUUUUUGCUUCGUUAUGAUGAUAGUGCUUCACAGCGUAUUUUGAAAAGUCAACAUGUCAUGGAAAUCGGGCCCUAGGUAAUAUUCAAGGUUAAUUCAUUAAAAAUCCUUCAUGUUACUAGAACUGAAAAAAUGCCAAGAUCACACGACCAGUUUUAUUUCUACAUGCCAAACUUUGAGAAAACCCCCGCCAUAAGCCAACCUGUAAGUCUCCACGCGUUUUGGGAGUACCAAGAUGGCGGCCAACUGGCUUCAGCCAAUCGACAUACCGCUCGACGUGUAUGCGCUUUCCAGUCUUUUUUUUUGUUUUGUUUUUUUAGAAGGUUGACACCCGUCUGGAUAUCAUUGGGAGGCGGCGGAGUCCAAAAUAACUUGCCAGUCUUUCCUUUUCUGCACUUGCAGCUGUCAAUCAUAGGCCAAAACAAGAUGGCAGGCUACAGGAGCUGGAUCCUCCUUCUAACAGCAGUAGCGGGUUGGACCCGCGCAGAGAUCAAAUUCAACAUCCCGGCGGGGAAGUUUUUCUCCUACGAACUGAUGAGGGAGACAUUUCAGAGUGACUUUGAGCCCCUGUCCCAACUCUACCUGGGGCACCUGUACGAUGACCCGAUGGUGUUCAAGUGCAACAAGCAGCAUUUCCCGGAUCUCCCCGAGUGGCUGCGCUUCACCCAGAGGCAUCCCUACGACAACGGAUUCCUUUACGGGACCCCGACAUCUCCUGGGAAGAGCGUCAUUGAGAUUUACGCAGUCAACAAGCGAAGCUACGAGACCACCAGGCAGAUUCUCGUCCUUAAUGUAAUUGCAGCCAAGAGCCUCCCCUAUCAGGCAGAGUUCUUCAUCAAGCUACGGGAGAUCGAGAAAGUGCUGCCUCCUGCUGUCCAGGACGAGAUCAAGCAGGACCUGCAGAAGCUGUGGGACACGGAGGACUUGGACAUCGUCAAUAUCUCCAACGCUCUUGACCGCGGCGGACGGGUCCCCCUCCCGCUGGCGGGGCACUUCGAAGGCGUGUACGUGAAGGCGGGGUCGGAGCAGAACUUCUCCGCCUGCCUAAUGCGGGCACGGGCGCCCGAGCACCAGCUGCAGUGCGCAGCGGGGGCUAAGGUCAAGGUGCCCGGCGGGUGCAACUUCUGCAGCAUCCCCAGCAACUGCAUCAGCUGGUGCAGCACUGAGCUGUUCGAUCUGUCUCAGGUGGAACCGAGCCCGCCCCCCCCUACCUUGGGCUCCGACGUACUGGAGGCCGUAGAAGAAUUCGCACCGCCGGAGUCCCCCGAGGACCGGAACUUUUUGCCGGACUACAUCGUGACGGUCAUCGUGCCGCUGGUGUUAGCCCUCAUCCUGUGCCUGCUGCUCGCCUUCGUCAUGUUUGGUCGCCGUGAGGGCGUCGAAAAGAGGAACGCGAAGACCAACCAGAUCCAACUGUACCACCACCACACCAUUCUGGACAACACCGACGAGCUCAGGACCAUGGCGGACCACCGCGGCGUCCCCCCACCGCUCUCUACGCUUCCCAUGUUUGACAGUCGCACAGGGUCCCGUGCGACACCCGCUGACAGCCCCCGCGUGCCCCUCAUCAUGGCCCAGCACGACCCCCACGUCGAUACGUUGCCCAGCCGGAAGUAAGACCACCAACGGAGCAGCAGCCCAGGAGGACAGAAUGUGUUGUGUGCUCGUUUGUGAGUGUUUUUCAUUCAUUUAUUUUUGACUCUAUUGAUAUUACAACAUGAGUAGGAAUCCACGUUUUAAAAACUGGUGUGAUAUUUUGGCCUUUCACAAAUGAGACUAUUUUGUAGUAUAAAUUGAGAUGGCUAACUUAUAGUAUUAUAUAAUAUAAUCCAAAAUUGUAUCAUGUGCCCGGUCAUUUUGGUGUUUCCACAUUAUUUUUACAUGGUCUCAAUUGUCUUAUCCUGGUAGCGGUGUAUAAGAUAUUCUUCUUUUUAACACACCAAGCAAUGAUUUAGCAUUCAUGUAGAACAAAACUGAAAAAUGUGUAUCUAAACAUUGAAAUAUAUAGUAAUACCUCAUUUAAUCACAAAUGGAACCGUGUUUUUAGCACAUUUGCCUCACAUUUCUGAACUUGUGGGUUCCUUGGGCUAUUGGCCUUCCUGUGUGGAGUUGCAAGUUCUCCCCCUUGCUGGUGUGUCCCCCCCGAGUAAUCCAAUUCCCUACCACGACCCUUGAACAAGGUUGAUUGAAGGCUAACUUGUCCUUAUGUGUGAAGGGUUCUUUGUCGAUGCGGGUCUUACCCGGCCAACCCAUUCAGGGUGUACGUCAGGGCUUGGCAACCUUUUUGAGACUGAGGGCUAUUUAGUGAGCGCCGAUCGUAUCAAGGGCUACGUGACCUGUUUGCGUCAAAUUUCAAACUCAGUUCAUUACACGUACAUAAAAUAUUUUUUGUUUUAAUUUAUUGUAGUAAAUGACAUUACAGGUAUUUUAAAUUUUUAAUUCACAUAAGCAAUUCAGAUUCAGAGGUAUUUUUAGAACAUACCUCAUGGGGGCCUUAUGCGGUCCUCGCGGUCUACCAUUCGCCCGCGGGCACCGCGUUGGUGACUCCCGGUGUACGUAAUCCGCUGAGAUAGACUACAGCGCAAACGUGAGCUUAGUGAGGAUACGCGUAGUAAAAGUAAAAGUGGCUGGAAUUUAAUAUGCACAUAUUAACAUACACAAGCUCGAAAUUUCAUGUUCCAGUUUAUGCUGAACGGUUCCCGCCCACCAGAGGGCGUCAGAGUAGCUUCUCGUGUUCAAGUUCCAAAGUCCAGUGCUCCUCUUAUUCAAGGCUUUGUAUUGAGACUUUUAGUGGUGAAUGUUGAAGAAAUAAAGUGCUCUGUUUCUUUUAAUGUUAUCGGUUGUAUUUUUGUUUCGGGAAUAUGUUCGGAAAAACGAUGAUUCCGUCGGAUGGAACGUUAAAGAGGUAGCGUGGCGUGCUAAUGGUUAGCAUGUCGGCAUCGCGGUUCUGAGGUUCAGGUUGGAAUCUGUGCUCCAGCUUUCCUGCGUGGCGUUCGCAUUUGUUGCUUUCUCCCACAUUCCCCGAAAUGCGCGUCGUCUUCUUUAAAUCGUCCCUAAGUGCGAGUGAUCCUUUCGCCUGCGUGCGCCUGGCGACCUGUCCAGGGCGUACCCCGCCGAACCUCGAUCGGAGUCUCCAGCUCAGCCGUAAACCUAAACAGGGAACGCAAAUGGAUUAGUUGAAACGGAAACGAGUCGGCUUUGUUUUCACUGCUGCUCGUGGGGAACACAAGUGCAACUGCUG